GUUCUGAUUGGUCACCUCUCAGCUUCGUUCAUUGACAAGACAAACAGCACUGAAGAGUCGUAGCUAGUCCCGUUUUUUUUCAACCGCAACAAUGUCUGAGGAGCGAUCAGAAAGGUCCGAUGGGAAGGUUGUGAAGAUGGAGAUAGACUACAGUUCCACUGUAGACCAGAGGCUCCCGGAGUGCGAAAAAAUGGCCAAAGACGGGAAGUUACAAGAGGCAAUCGAGAGUUUGUUGUCACUGGAGAAACAGACUAGAACAGCGUCAGACAUGGUGUCUACAUCCAGAAUCCUUGUGGCUGUGGUCCAGAUGUGUUACGAGGCAAAGGAUUGGGACGCUCUGAAUGAAAACAUCAUGUUACUCACCAAACGCAGGAGUCAGCUCAAACAGGCUGUCGCCAAAAUGGUGCAAGAAUGCUACAAGUAUGUGGAUGCAGUGACUGAUCUGACCAUCAAGCUGAGACUUAUUGACACCCUUCGCACUGUGACUGCUGGCAAGAUCUAUGUAGAGAUCGAGCGCGCGAGGCUAACAAAGACCCUGGCGAACAUCAAAGAGCAGAACGGAGACGUCAAAGAGGCCGCGGCGAUUCUGCAGGAGCUGCAGGUGGAGACGUAUGGCUCCAUGGAGAAGAAGGAGAAGGUGGAGUUUAUCUUGGAACAGAUGAGGCUUUGCAUCGCUGUCAAAGAUUAUAUCCGCACCCAGAUCAUCAGCAAAAAGAUAAACACCAAGUUCUUUCAGGAGGAAGGGACCGAGGAGCUGAAGUUAAAGUAUUACAACCUGAUGAUUCAGGUGGACCAGCACGAGGGCUCCUACCUGUCAAUAUGCAAGCACUACAAGGCCAUUUAUGACACCCCCUGCAUCUUGGAGGACAGCAGCAAGUGGCAGCAGGCCCUGAAGAGCGUGGUGCUGUACGUGAUCCUGUCUCCUUUUGACAACGAACAGUCGGACCUCGUGCACAGAAUCAGCGCUGACAAGAAAUUGGAAGAAAUCCCUAAAUACAAGGACCUUCUGAAGCAGUUUACCACUAUGGAGCUGAUGCGCUGGGCCUCCCUGGUGGAGGACUAUGGGAAGGAGCUGAGAGAAGGCUCGCCUGACAGCCCGGCAACAGACGUCUUUUCAUAUUCAGAGGAGGGCGAGAAAAGGUGGAAGGAUCUGAAGAACAGGGUGGUGGAACAUAACAUCCGAAUAAUGGCCAAAUAUUACACUAGAAUCACAAUGAAACGGAUGGCUGGACUGCUUGACCUCUCUGUUGAUGAGUCGGAGGAGUUCCUCUCCAGCCUAGUUGUAAACAAGACCAUCUACGCCAAGGUUGACCGGCUCGCUGGCAUCAUCAACUUCCAGCGGCCCAAAGACCCCAACGACCUGCUCAACGACUGGUCGCAGAAGCUCAACUCCCUCAUGUCCCUGGUCAACAAGACCACACAUCUCAUUGCCAAGGAGGAGAUGAUCCACAACUUGCAGUGACUCAAGAACAGUUUCUAAUUUUGUGCUUUGUUUCGUAUUUACCUUUGUUUAUGUGCGGGGGGGCUGUGCUGUUGGUACAGUGCGUUAGCUGUGGCCUGAUUGGCGUGUCGUGCGAUUGGGGAAAAACAUCGGCGAAACACACACACGCCCCCUUCCUUUUUUUUUAUUUAUUGUCUAGUAAAACAUUGACAAUAAACAUACGAGUACCUCCA